AAGCGGAGUAAAGCGGAGUUGGGGGGCGGCUGCGCUGUCGGGCGGAAGCUGCGUGUGAGCGCAGGGGGUCCCCGAGGACACCCAGAGCAGAGGUCGGUCCUGUCCCAGCAUCCAGGCGUGCGCGUGACGAAGAUGACGAAGAUGAUGAAGACGACGAAGACGAGCUCGGUGCUGCUCGCGCUGUCCGCCCUCGCGGCGCUCGCGCGCUCGGACCCCCCGAGGUGCGAACCUGGAGAUGAACUUCUAGGGAGGUGCAGAGCCACAGCAAGAGAGAAACCCAAGUGCACAGACAUCGUGUUGGGCUACUGCGACGACAUGUCCUACAGCAAGACCGUGCUCCCCAACCUGCUGGACCAGCGAUCCCGGGAGGAGGUGGAGAUGGGCACCGAGUACCUCCUGCUCAGCGUUCUCCACUCCCUGUUGAAUGGAGAGUGCAGCCCAGACCUGCGCAUGUUGGGCUGCUCCGUGGUGGUGCCGCGUUGCGAACGCGACCGCCCCGUCAAGCCCUGCCGCACCACCUGCGAGGACGUACGCAGGUCCUGUGCCCAUGCCUUCGAAGGCAUCAGCAUGGCCUGGCCCUACUUCCUGGACUGCGACCGCUUCUUUGUCAGCGAUGAGGAGGGAUGCUACGACCCCCUGGAGGGCUUGAGAGCCAGGCAAGAGGUCGCUCUGGCCAGCAUUUCCCCUGAAGAGCCCUCCACCAUCAUUCAGUUCAUCUACCACUCCAACGCACAGAUGAUAAACAUGCUGAAGAAGACCGCCGCACAGUGCUCCCACAUCUCCCAAACCUACAGCAUCGGCAGAAGCUUUGAGGGGAAGGACCUUCUGGUAAUCGAGUUUUCAGAUAACCCGGGACAGCAUGACCUACUGGAGCCCGAGGUGAAGUACGUUGCCAACAUGCACGGAAACGAGGUGCUGGGAAGGCAGCUGCUCAUCUACUUGGCUCAGUACCUGUGCUCUGAGUACCAGCUGGGCAAUGAGCGCAUCCAGAGCCUCAUCAACAGCACCCGCAUCCACAUCCUCACCUCCAUGAACCCCGACGGCUACGAGCUGGCCGCUGCAGAGGUAGAGGAUAGCAAUGACCCAGACAGCGAGCAAGGUCCCACGUUCAACGGCUGGACCAGCGGUCGCGCCAACGCGCAGAACAUUGACCUAAACCGCAACUUCCCAGACCUGACGUCCAUCGUCUACAGCCGCCGCAGGAGCAGGCGGUACAGAAGCGACCACAUUCCCAUUCCGGACUCCUACUGGUUUGGGAAGGUGGCCCCCGAGACGUACGCAGUGAUGAAAUGGAUAAGGUCCAUUCCCUUUGUGAUCUCGGCCAGCCUGCAUGGCGGAGAGCUUGUGGUCUCCUAUCCGUUCGACCUGUCCAAACAUCCACAGGAAGAGAAGAUGUUCUCGCCCACCCCGGAUGAGCAGGUGUUCAAGCUGCUGGCCAGGACCUACGCGGAUGCCCACGCCAGCAUGGCGGACAAUGACACAGACAGGUGUGGCGCCUUCUUCAGCAGCAAAGGGGGCAUCAUCAACGGAGCCCAGUGGUACAGCUUCCCGGGGGGAAUGUCGGACUUCAACUAUCUGCACACGAACUGCUUUGAGAUCACAGUGGAGCUGGGCUGCGACAAGUUCCCCGCCGAAGAGGAGCUCUACAUCGAGUGGCAGCGCAACAAGGAGUCACUGCUUAGCUUCAUGGAAUCGGUACACCGCGGUAUCAAAGGGAUCGUCAAAGACAAGCAUGGCAAAGGGAUAAAGGGAGCCAGAGUGUCAGUGAGAGGAAUAUGGCACGACAUCACCGCAGCUGAAGACGGCGAUUACUGGCGGCUGCUCGCCCCAGGAAUCCACAUCGUAUCGGCCCACGCGCCCGGGUACCGCCGGCUCACCAAGAAGGUGCGGCUUCCCGCUCGCAUGCAGCAGGCUGGGCGCGUCGACUUUGUGCUGGAGGAGGAGCUCCAGGAGCCGGGCAUGGAGGACUUUGGCCCCCAGAUGAUGGACACCUACGAGCGCUUCGACCCCUACAAUCAGUUUGAGCGCUACACACUGACCGAGCUGGGCCAGAAUGGCGAGGAGAGGCACGAGAAGCCCUGGUGGUGGUCCUACUUCAUCCAGGCGGGCAACGCGGCCCCCACCUGGCUCCUGAGGAACGAAUAGGCGUUCCCAGAGCACGGGCGUGGCGGUGGUCCUCAGACAGGUGUCUCUGAGUUCGUAGGACACUCCCGAGCGGUGAGACGCUCGUCCACAUACAAGCGUCUCCUCAGGUCAGGACACAUUUAGACUUUUCUCUGUCCACCUCACAGCAUCUCUGCGCCUUCUGCACUGACGACCUGAAUGACCCCCUAAUCCAUGACCCUCUGUAGCCUGACUGUACUGCCUACAACCUGGAAAACAUGUUCUUCACCUUCCCCCUGUGGAGGUGUCACCGCCUGUCCAUGUUCCUUAUUACGCUUUCAGACUGUUUGAUGCCUCUCUUCAUUACUGCGGUGCUAUGGAAUGGACAGACCAGGUGGUGCUUUAGGAUAUGAAAAAUUAAAUAAAAUCUUUUG